UUUUGAUAAAAAAGAUGAAAAUAGGUGGUCAAUUUUUGAAAUAAUUUUUGUUUAUGCUCGGUGGAUUUUGCCUAAAUGCCCCAAAAAGUGAAAGUACAUAAAACUCCUCCGGAUCCGAAAAGCAAAAACCUCGCCGGAGACCGGGAAUCUGUUCUCUAACAAUUCUAGAACCCUAACAAACCCUCGUUGUCUUUCUGUCAUCAACCUUACCUUGGAAAUCAUCCAUUCCGGUAGAUUCUCCUCCAUCGGAAGUAGAAACAAAGUAAUGAUUCCAGAGAUGCACGUCCAUAUAUGAUGCCAAUUCUGAAAGGAGGAUUCACUGUUUGCUCGAAGUGCUCUGCUACUCGAUCCUCACUCUCUACCAAUACAAGUAUAUAUAGAGAGGUUAGAAAUGCUGUCUGUGGGUCUGAUAUUCAAUGGCGUGGAAGGUCAUAUGCUGCUUCUCUUCCGUCUGAAAGGCCAAAAUCCCAGAAUGUUCGCAAAAGAGUUUCAAAAGAUGAACGGCGAACUAUGGUGGAGUCCUUCGUGAACAAGUACAGGAGAGCUAAUGAAGGAAAGUUUCCAACUUCAUCUGCAACUCAUAAACAAGUUGGUGGUAGUUACUAUGUUGUUAGAAACAUUCUUCAAGAACUAGAAUCCCAAUCUAAGGCAUCUCCCUCAAACAUUGAGAAUGAAUAUUCAAUGGGAAAAGAGCUAAUUCAAGAGAAUGAGUCAUUGCCUAAAGCAGGAACUCGAAAUAAUGGCCACUCAGAAGCUAUCGAUAAUGUGGAAACCAUUAGUACUCGUGACGAACAUCUAUAUGCAGAUGGAGAGCUGCAAACUGUCACUUGGGCUGAAAAAACUUUGUCUGAAGGGGUUGCGAAGUGCCCAAUUGCAUGAAAUUUCAAAAAGGCAAAAUGAUGAGGCUGAAUUUUCGAAGAAAUCAACUAUAUGGAGUAGCUUCAAGUCAUUUGCAGAUGGACUUGUUGGGUUCUGGAGAAGACUGUAAAUAUCUGGUAUGCUUGGUGACAGAAUUUAAUAUUUAAAAAACUGCAAUACUACUUUGAGUUAAUGUGAGAUAUCAAGCUUUCUUACGUUGCUAUUCUAUAUUUUAUGGUAAUAUGUUAUCCAGUAUGGAUUAAACUUUUCCUUUUCCAAUAUUCCUGCUAUAGGGAGUAUGGAUUCUCUAAUGCUUUUUGGCCAUUUGGUUGACAUGGCCGUAGUCAAUAGUUCAAUCUUUUUGAUGGAUUGAACUUGGAACUUUGGGAUACUAAACUUUUCUGUGGAAAUGACUAGGAUUUGGUUGAAGUAGAGAUUUAUGUACUUGGGCAUCCAAACUGCUGUUUUUAAUGAUGGAAAUCCUUCAUAAAAUUUUGUUACAAAGACACGGAUGCACCUAUCUAGCAAAAUUGAGUUGAUGUAAAGAUAGACCACCUACAAUUCCAUUGCAAGGCUAAAUUUUUCUUUUGUUGGGAAGAUUGUGGGGGAGGAGACGAACAUCAACUGAGCAUCUUGAGAGAAGACACUGAGCGAGGAAUUAUACAAAGAAUUGAAGAAUGGCAAAGGCCCACUGGCGAGGCCGAUGUUACGAUAUUGGUGGAUUUGUAGGGAAAGGGCUAAAGGGGCGAUGCUUGUACUGUUUUAACUAAUCAAACAGGUAGCCUUUAGAAGGUUUAUAAUAUAGAAUUGCAGUUGAGGGGAAAGCUGUCUAGCUUUUAAAGUUUUAUCUUGAGAAGUGCUUGCAAGGUAGAAUGUCAAAGCUGUUUUUGGUUAAUGAUUAAGGGUUCAUAUCUUUUUGGCUCCUUGUGCUAUGAAUUUUCUAAAUGCCUAUUUGAUUAGACAUUGUGUCUACUGCUUAAAACUAAAUAAACAGAAGUGAAAUUAGAAGUA